AUGAGGUUGCAAGAACUUCAAGAUGCUAUAAACAAACUUCCAUUGAGACAUCCAAUUGACGUCAAAUUGUAUUGGAGAGCAUCUGAGUUAGGUCAGAAGGUUUUAUAUGAAACAGGUUGCUUCGACGAUGUUUAUGAGAUAACAGGAGAAGUUUCUCAGAAGAUAAGAGACUCACUUGAAUUUCCACAAACUGGACCAAUUGGUUGCGACAAGUUCGACUCAGAUGAAAAGAUAUACUAUGUCGACCUUAACGCUGCAUACAUGAGGUUUGUCCAAUAUAUUCCGACUGGAAUUCCAAACGAAGAUGGUGAGUUCCCGGGAAGGAACUAUACAGUUGGAAAAGUCAUACAACAACUGUAUGAUAUUAGGAAAGCUUCAAACCCCAAACUUGCAAUGACACUCAAAUUGCUUAUGAAUUCGACAUGGGGAUAUUCCAUUAAGAAACCUCAAGAGAUGAAGAGUAAACAUUAUGAGAAGGUCGACAACUUUGUUGAAAGGUUUUCUCCUUUUGUUUUGAAGUACGAAUUCACUCAAGGUCAAAGUGGCUUAGUAACCACAUUAAAACCUAUUGUCGAACAUUGGUCUUACCCUCAGUUCGCAAAGGCAGUCCUUGACAACUACAACAAAUUCUUCUCCGAAGUCAAAUCGAAAGUCAAGGUUUACUAUGAGAACAUUGACGCACUCAUGACGAACGAAGAAGGCUAUAACAAACUCAUUGAAAUGGGAAUGGUCGGUGAAAAGAUGGGUCAAUUCAAAUUGGACAAAAUUUUCACCGAAGUUCAUGUCCUCUCCAAGCGUAAGUACUGGGGUGUUAAAGAAGAUGGUGAAAUAGUUAAACAUUGCAUGAAAUAA